UGAGCAAAAUGUAAUUUUUUUUUCCAGCAAGCUAACUAUGUGCUACUGUUGCUUGUAGCACCUUCCUGCCAAAAUCUGAUUGACUGGAAUGAAAAACAUCAAACUUAUAAAAUUUAGCAAAUGUGUGUGGGGAAGACCAAGUGGCUGCCUGACAAAUUGCUUCUAAAGAAGAGUCUUGUUGAAAAGCCCAAGAAGUGCUGACCUUCCUAGUGGAAUGAGCAUUAAUGAGCAAAGGAGGAAGCUUCCCAGCUCUGGUGUAGGCUUCUGAAAUUGUAUUGCCAAUCCAUCUGACAAUUGAACGUUUGGAAGCGGGACUACCCGUUUUGUUACCCCCGAACAGUACAAAAAGGUUGUCUGUCUGUCUAAUGGACUCUGUCCUAGCUAUAUAGGUUUUUAGAGCUCUGACUGGGUCUAGAACUGAAAUAGACUCUCCUGGUUGGUCAAUUUCUUGAGAAUGUAGGACUGGAAUGACAAUGUCUUGAUUUACGUGGAAAUUAGAUACCACUUUUGGCAAAAAACUUGGCUUGGUGCGAAGUACUGCUUUGUCUGGAUGGAUUUUUAGCCAGGGAGACUUGGAUGAAAGAGAGGCUAACUCUCAAACCCUCCUUGCUGAGGCUAUAGCCAUAAGGAAAUUGUUUUCUGUGUUCAGAAUUUUAUUUCUGCUGAUUCUAAGGGCUCAAAUGGUGACCCUUGUAGUGAGUUCAAAAUCAAAUUGAGGUCCCAAGCAGGAAUGGGUUUCUUGGAUGGUGGUCUGAUCCUGUACAGACCCUGAAAAAAAAAGUCUUACUUCUGGAAGUAUAGCCCAUUGAACAUGGAAAAGAGCUGCUAAUGCUGAUGUUUGAACCUUCAGUGAAGUGAUGUCGAAUCUGGCUUGUAAAAAAAAGUAGGAUUUAUGGUGAUCUUCAACUGUCCCAUGUUAUUGCUUGUGAUACACACCAUGAAAGGAAAAUGCGCCAAACCCUAUGAUAGGUUGCUGCUGUGGAUGCCCGUCUUGGAGCUGGUCGGAGCACAGCAAUGAUCCGUCAAUGACCAGCAGCUUCACCUUCAAGCUGAAUUCUGUCCCCCACAGUGAUUGGUUACAGAGGGAGAUUAUGUGUGUUUUAUAAAAAUUAAAGAAAAUGCUUUGGUAUUUAAACUCACUUUCCUAAAGUGUAUCCAGGAGGUAAACAAACACACUUCACACCUCUCCUUCCCCAAUUGUGUAUGUGAGGGCAGAGAUGCGACAAGAGCAAGAGUUCCUAAAAUAAAAUACACAGCACAAAAACCCUCACAGACAUGUGUCCCUGGUGACAAACUUUAAUUGUGUUUUUCAGAAGCAAAGUAAGCAGCACACUUUGUCCCUUCCCCCACUGACUGACAGGAGCCUGAAAAUAAAACAGUGCUCAACCUCCCCCUCCCUCUCCCAAACAGGGAGCAGCACUGCUGAACAUGCUGCGCACAGAUAUGAUGUAACUAGAGGGUGAGGGAGGGGAAAUAUCACUCGGGGAACACAGGCAGGCCUAAGUGAGUGUUUUGAUGUUCAGAACUACAAAUCCCAGCAUGCAUUGCAUCACCAGUCACUUCCUUUUAACGUCGUGGAGUUUGAUUGGUUAAAUUCUCGUUGAGUCUGAUUGGUUAGAUUCUCGUGGAGUUUGAUUGGGUAGAUACUCGUGGAGUUCUCAGGAGUCCAUGGGGGAGCUAUCAGGAUCGGGGGAAACCUCUUCCUUGAGUCUUGCUCUUGUGCCCCUGCAUACACGACCAAAGCUGAUCUCAUCCUGCGCUGAACUCCUCAAUGAAACAUGGCAGCGGAGUCUGGGUGCUCGUAUGCACUCCUUAGAGCGUUCCUCUGAUGACUUUCCUAUGUGCCUUGCGCUCAUUAGUUCCCCUGAUGGGCCUGCCCUGGGUCAUGCCCGGCUCUGUAAGGUCAUUGGAAACCAUGAUAGUCUGUUUGUGGAAUCCGUUGUGGUCAGCACAAAGCUGAGAGGAAAAGGCUAUGGAAGGAAGCUGAUGGAGGCUACUGAGAGAUAUGCCAAAAGCAGAGGCUUCAGAAAUUUACAUCUUACCACCCAUGACAAGCAAGACUUUUACUACCACCUUGGAUACCAGCUGUCUGAACCAGUCCAGAGUAUGGGUAAUUUAGGAACACUUCUACCCAUGGGCAUGCUGCAGUGCAUGUCUAAAGUAAGGGCAGAGCCCACACCAAGUCACUCUCUCCCUCUUCAUCUGGCAGAAUCCCAGCUGUCAGCAGCUGGUGCUUUUCCAGUCUCAACUUCUGUUUCACUGUCUACUGGAGAUUGUUCUGCACCUCCACCACUGCCAUCUUACUUUAAUUCUCCAUCUACACCACCACCUUCAUUGCUUUCUUCAUCUGCACCACCACCACCUCCACUACCACCAACGUCAUUGCUUUCUUCAUCUGCACGACCACCUCCUCCACUACCACCAACGUCAUUGCUUUCUUCAUCUGCACCACCACCACCUUCAUUGCUUUCUUCAUCUGCACCACCACCUCCUCCACUUCCACCAACGUCAUUGCUUUCUUCAUCUGCACCACCACCACCUUCAUUGCUUUCUUCAUCUGCACCACCACCUCCUCCACUACCACCAACGUCAUUGCUUUCUUCAUCUGCACCACCACCUCCUUCCCUUCCUUUAAGCAAUCAAACAGGAACAGUCUCUUCCCUGCAAACCCAAUACAGAGACUUCCGUGGGCAACCCAUAUUUUGGAUGAAAAAAAGUAUCUAGUGGAAAUCUCUGAGGCAAGGAUUAAAUCAAAAACUGCAAACCAAACAACACAUACAUUUUAUUGAACAGUUAUACAGCAUUUAUGAGGCAGUGUUUUUGAUCUGUACCAUAUGUGCUGGGUCCUGCUCAUCCAUUGUACUGAAUGCACUGCUCUGGCUAGACUGAAAGAGGAACAGAGAGAGACACUUAUAUGCUCACAUUGAACAAAACUAGUAUCAAUAAAAGUAUUAUUGAGAAAACUCUUUAAUUAUA